AUGCAAAAACCCUUGAAACUGUCGGAUGAUAACAGUUACGUGUCUAGGUAUCGAACGUACGAUGAUGAAGUUACUGUUAGAGAUAUUUUUUGGAAUCAUCUUGAUUCCAUAAAGUUGUUGAACACGUUUCUUACGAUGCUCAUACUUGAUCCAACCUAUAAGACCAACAAGUAUAAACUUCCAUUAUUGGAGAUGGUUGGUGUAACCUCAACUAAGAAGACAUAUUCUGUUGGUUUUGCAUUUCUUGAGUGUGAAAAAGAGAACAAUUUUACUAGGAUAUUAAAGGUGUGUCGGACACUGUUGAAGGUACAAAGUGAGAUGCCUGAAGCGAUUGUUACUGACUGCGAUACCGCAUUAAUAAAUUCGGUUGUAAAGGUCUUUCCUUCUUCUUAUGCGUUACUUUAUAGGUAUCACAUAACAAAGAAUGUGAGAAGUCAGGUUAAACCCGCGGUAGGGACGAAACAUAUAGAGUCUGGAGAUGGAAAAAUGGUGAAGGCAGGUGUGGUUGUGGCUAGUUUGAACUAUAUUUUUCGUGAGGAUAAACAAAUUGAUAAUGUAGGCUCCGAUAGUGCAAAGUGUGGAUGCACAAUUGUGAAAACAUAUGGUCUCCCAUGUGCUUGUGUUAUUUCUAAAAAGGUGAAACUUGGUGACCCAAUAAGAAUGGACGAGGUUUGCAUUCAUUGGAAGAGACUUAGGUUUGAUGAUGAUGGAUGCAUGUAUGGCGGUAAAUUGAAUAUCCCUAUUUUGAAUGAAUGGGAAGUAAUACAAGAGAUAUUUUUGAAAGCCGGUGACAACAUAAAACUCCACAUCAAAGAACAAUUGAGGAAGAUUUCCUAUCCGGAAACCACCGACAUGCAACCGCCCUCUCAACCCGUAAAAACAAAAGGUGCUCCAAAGAAAAUGAAGUCUACAUCAAAUGACAAUUCGAUUACACAGUCUCCUUCAUAUUUUUGA